AUGAAGGCCUCCAAGAAAUCGUCCUCCUUCCGGCCGAAAAAAGCACUAAUUUGCACCGGAGUUACAGUAAGUAAGAGUGGAAGGUCGUCAGAUUUCUAGCUGAUUAUCUAGGCCCGUUUUUCAGUCUUUCAUUACCUAGUCUAGACCCGUUUUUUUAAAUUUGAACUCUUUGAGUUCACAGGGGAAGUGCUCGAAGUGCGUCGUUCAGAAUUUGAAGAAACUUGGGACAAAUUUAGAUCAAUUGUUUCUAAGGGAAAUACAAAAUUUCUAACUCGCGCUUUGCAGAAACGAUCAAGAUUUUUAGGCCCAAAGUUGGCAAAAAUGUGGCACUUUUCUGCAAAUUUUGGCGUAUAAAAUUCUAUGAUUACUUCUAGCGGUGAGAAUAAUCUUUCCUCAUAAAUCAAUUUUUUCCACAAGAAGUUGGAAAAGUUGGAAAAGUUACGGCCAAAAAUGUUUUUCUCUCUGACUUCUCUCCGUGUUUUGCAUACUCUCUCGGCGAAAAAGAUGGUUGAAUAUCUUUGCUGCCGCUACCAAAAUAGGACCCGAACUAGUCCAAAUUUUAUUUUUUUAUCAUCCAAACUGAUUUUCAGGUCCGGUCUUUCCGAAAGUUGUUGCCUUUGAACUGGUUUCAAGUUUUCUGCCUCUGCGGUCUCUCCAUUGGCUUUUUCUUGUACUCAGCAACAUUAUACGAUAUUAAUAUUUUACCUGGCUCACAAUACACUGACUUUAACGACUUUGAAACUACUACACGGCAAUAUGAAGUCGAGAUUACUGAGGAGGCGGAAAUCAAGGAGGAAAUUCGAUAUUACAAACGCCCUCCGGGCACGGAACAUCUAAAAUGUUCAUGGCUCAUGGAGGGAAAUCACACUGAUUAUAUAAAGAAAUUGGCAAAGAAAAGAAUGACAUAUACGGAUCCAAAAAAUUUCACGGGCAAGUUAAAUUUUUUUUAAACUUUUUUAUCCUUUUCGAGUCAAAAGUAGAUUGCUUAGUAAAAUACACAUUUUUGAAUAGCUGUAUCAUAAAAUUGUGCAACUUACAAGGGAUCGGCAAAACCGCGCAUCCUGGUUUUUUCUUGAAACAUACACCAUUUGAAAGAGCGUAAAAAACUUGUCUAGGACCACAUUUUAUUAGCUGCUAUUUUUGCUCUACGACUUAGCUAGCGAUCACUUUUGUUCUAGGCUUAUCUCACCCUUUUUCCGAGGAAACAAAUCCGAACGGUUUCCAAAGCAAGGCGCAGCAAUGCUUCGGUGGCCUAGUGGGGUAAGGCGCUAAACGAGGCGAACCUGCGGACCGGGUUCGAAACUCCUUUUGAUUUUUUUUUUAUUUUUUCAAUGUUACAAACCAAAUAAGGUCUGGAAGUAGUGCCACAAACAUCGUAUAGAUGUUUGUGGUUAAAUGGGAUCCGUUUUUUAAAAAAAAACCGAGAUUUUUUUUAAUUCUUUCGAAUUUGUAGUCCUUGCCCUUGAAGUGGGUAUCGUCUGUGGCUGAAACUUUCAACGGCUUCCAAAUUUUUAAGAGUAAAGCCAGGUAACGGAAAGUGCGUUAAAAUUGAGCUUGAAAACGGAUGGUGUGUUUUCUACCUGCUAUUUUGCAUUGGGCUACAGGACCUAAAAGAUGGCGUGAUCACACAUUGUUAACAUCGACUUGGGUAUCUGAAGGUCGGAAAAAAGUAUGUAUUUUUUGGCAUAGGAUGAAGCGUUGGACGUCAUAGGUACGUAUUAGACAUAUGAAAAGUAAUUCUUCAAUCUCUUUAGCCUCUCAAAAGCAAAGAGUCGUGAAAUCCAACUAGGAUUUUUUUUUUAAUUUUCGCUAGCUAGGGCGUAAAGCAAAAAUAGCAGCUAAUAAAAGGUGAUCCUAGACCAGUUUUUUACGCUCUUUCAAAUGGUGUAUGUUUCAAGAAAAAACCAGGAUGCGCGGUUUUGCCGAUCCCUUGUUAGACACUUAAGAGACAUUUUAUACGAUGAAAGAUUUAGUCGUAUAAAAUGUCACCUUUAGAGUGACAACUAACAGCCAAUCCUCCCGAAAGUUGGUUCUGAGAAAUACGAGGCGUUGCAAAUCUCCGGUAAAAACCUUGGAUCGAUCUAUACUAAAACAAAAAAGUUGCGGCUAUUUUUUCUUCUCACAUCAUAUAAUCCAUGACAUUUCAGGUCUCCCGAUGGAUUGUACGUCGAUAAAAGCUCGGCAUCGUUUCCCCACCAUACCAACUAGUAAAGAAGAGGCCGACUUCCCUUUAGCUUACGCCCGUAACGUCUACACGGAUUACUUUUACUUGGAAAUGUUACUUUCCGCUAGUUAUCAACCCCAGAAUUAUUACUGUUUUUCGAUCGACAAAAAGUCUUCGGAUCUCUUCAAAAUGCGAAUGCAGGCCCUGGCAAAUUGCUUUUCGAACGUCUUUAUAUCGAAUAACACGCGGUGGUUGGACAGUUUCGGGCAUAAUCAGGACUGGUCCCAUUUGGAUUGCCUGAGAAUCUUGGCGAAGAAGGAAAAGAAAUGGAAAUACGUGCAGCUUCUACAGGUAACUUUCUCUAAAAACACGGUUUUGAUUGUAAAAUACGUGCGUCUGAAUUUUUCGGCCAUUGCCAACUUUCUGGGGACAAGUGACAUUUUAUACGAUGAAAAAUUUCCAUGUCUUACCAGGGAUCGGCAAAUAGUUGCAACCUUUAAUCUUAAUGAAACAUAUAUCAUUUGAAAGAGCAUUAAAAGUAGUGCACAACGUAAAAAAAAUUAGCUGCCUAAUUUAUGUUUGGACAAAGUUAUGGCCAAAAUACAGAUUUUAGCCUAAAUUCACACGUCACUUUAUAAGCUCUUGGAACCGCAACAGGGUUGUGUCCAGUUGGCCGAGUGGUAGUGACCCCACUUCAGGCGCAACAGCUCCUGGUUUCGAACCCGGACUCAGCAAAUUUUUUGCAUUUCGUAUCUUAUAUUCCACAAAACCAUGGUAUGUUGAUGUUUUUAAGCAGUUUGUGUUCUUCCUCAGACAAAAUUCGUUUUUACGGGAUUUUUCUGAAUUUUUGGCUUUUUUUGAAACAACCACAAAUUUGAUGGUGAUGAGAGUGGGGAUACCACGAUCAUGUAAUUACAAGGGUGAUCCCAGUAGCCUGACCUAUUAUAACUACUGGACGAGAAUUAAAUUUACAAUGACCUGUAAAUAUACAUUUUUCGAAAGAAUACGAAGAUAAAAUUGUAUAAUUGGGCAAAAUACUAUUGCUGACACAGUGGACCAACCGUUGGUAGGGCUAGGACAUAAGAAAUUUUUAAUUUUGAGAUUUUAGUUUGUGAACGACCAUGGCGAUCAUAUAAAUGUAUUUCCAACGCUUUUUGCUCCAAUUUUCCCAUUAAUCUACUUUUAUUUACAAUUUUUUGGAACUAGCAGUAAUGUCUAAUAACUCAUAACCGAGGUGUGGUAGAGCCAUAAAACGACCGUGAUAGACGUUUUUAGACACUAGAAAAUCAAUGGAGACGAUUUCAAGUCGCCAGGAUUACUGUAACAUACGAAACUGGCGUUUUGGCCGCAUAUAACCACUUUCAUAAAACGGUCAUAACUUUGUCCAAACAUAAAUUAGGCAGCUAAUUUUUCUUGCUUUGUGCACUAUUUUUAAUGCUCUUCCAAAUGAUAUCUGUUUCGUUAAGAUUAAAGGUUGCAACUAUUUGCCGAUCCCUUGUUAGCAAUACAAAUUAGAAAAAAAAAUUAAUUUUCAAAAAUAUAUAGCUGGCAGUAACAUAGAUAACUCCGAUUCCAAAAUUUUAAUUUUCAUCAUUAAUCAUUUUUCCAGAAUCAUGAUUUUCCGCUGAAAACAAAUCUGGAGACGGUUCGGAUAUUCAAAUUGUUCAAUGGGUCUAACGAUAUUCAAACCACCAAAGAGCAUGGAAGAGUGGAUUACAAAAAGAAUUGGACAUUUGUGAAUAUAGGAAUCUUCCGAAACGGUAAGAGUGGCGGAUUUUGGAAUUUUUAAAAAUCGGAAAAAUUAAAAUACAACGCUCUAAGGCCUCUGUUUAAGAAUAGAAAAAGGCUUACUGAUAUGUUUAGACAUCAUAAUCAAAAAUAUUUAGCAUAGUGUUAGGUCUCACCACGAAAACAUUGAGUUUGACAAAGCAGACUAAACAAAUUUCUACCGCUCCUAAAUUUGCAGACAAAUGUUAUUGCGAUGUCUACAAUCUUUUUAAUAAUUUUUCGAUCAAACUGUACCCAUUUUUGGGUCCCACCGCGAAAACCUGAAAUUUGUUAAAAUUGCCUAAAAUCCCGAAAUACGGCACGAACUCGACAAAAAGUCGUAAUAAGACCUUCCUGACGAUUUUUAUUUUCAGAAUCCCGCCUGCAUGAGAUUGCGAACUAUUCGACCGCGAGAUUAACAUUUGUCAAAGGAAACAACGCCCUAUCCGUGGUGCGAGAAGCCGUGGACUACGUUCUCUUCGAUCUCAAUAUCACAAAAACAAUCUCCAUGAUCGACGAUGGCAAGAAGUUCGCCGUUGACGAAGUCCUUUUCCCCACUUUGUUAUCCAACGAGGACUUGAGAGCCCCGGGAUAUUACACGCAAACGUGCGUCAAGAAAGGAAUCAACCACGGCGGAGUGACUCGUAUGGCAUACUGGUCCUACUUGAAGCCCCCAUGCUACAGCGGCCAUUUCCGUCAUGCGAUUUGCGUUUUUGGGGUCGCGGAUUUGGCGAAAAACUUGGACAAAUCGGACCAUUUGAACGGGAAUAAAAUGCUGCCUUCCUUUGACUUUAACGCCAUAACCUGCUGGAUGGAGGUGAUAUAUAAUCGAACGUUCAUUGAGCAGCCGAAAAACAGGAUUCACGAGCAUUUUUACCGAACUUUACCAGCGGUAAGUGAAGUUUUUUUAGCUAAAGCACCAAAAGUUGAACAUUAAUUUAUCUUAUUUUAGGUGAGAUUCCAAAAAUACAAGGACAAAAAUGGCCGAGUGUCCAAAGAAGCGCUGAAAAGUUUCAAAUGUGGGACAAGCACGGGCUAA